AUGGUUCCGCCGCCGUCCUCGCAACCAUCCCAGCACGACCAGACUCGCUUUCCUCCAACCUAUCCACCGAACCAACCGCCGCGGCACCCUCCAAACCAGCCUCCGAGCCUACAACCGAGCCAACCACCGAGGCACCCGCCGCCAUGGCCGGCGUACGAGCCGGCGGCGAUCCACAAGCUGCCGCGUGACGUGAUCGCGAAGAUCUUUUCGCAUCUGUCCGUCGCAGACCGAUGCUCCGUGUCGCUCGUGUGUCGCUUGUGGUUUCGCUACGAGCGACUGCUGCCGCAUUACAUGCAGAGCGAGGUCAGCGCAGCGGAACUCCGCUUCGUGCUGCGCCGUUUCCCUCUCAUCCGCACGCUGCGCAUCCGCUUCUUCGGCCCCACCGUGCUUGCGGGGGCGCCGCGGGUGCAGCGCGCGGAGGACCGCCACCACAAGCGCCCGGGCGGAGGGGGAGGGCGGGCGGGGGAGUAA